AAAAGUUUAUCGAAGUUUGAAUUUAAGUAAGAAGAAAUUUUUUAAUAUCAAAAAGGAAAACUCGUUUCCAUAUAAACGAUAAAUUUAAAAGUUCUGUGUGUAUGUGCGUGCUUUUGCAGGUCUACAAAAAAGUUAUUAAAAAUUAAAUGCAAUGUCCAACGAAAAUGCCAUAAAUGAACACAACUGGGAAAAAUUUUCAUAUGCCUUAGGGCGAAUCUUGAGUAUACGCACCAAUUAGGUUCCAAAACAAUGAUCACAUACCUCUUCUACCUCUGAGUAGCUGAGCGAAAGAUUACGCGACCAUAUGGCAUUUCAACAAUAAGCUUCUAAAUUUUGAAUAUAUUUAGAAGUGAAAUGAAGGCUUAACUAUUUUGCAUCCAUGCGUUAUGAUGGCACAGACAUAUGUAAACGAGAGUUAGGACAUGAAUCUCUUAAUUAUAUAUAUGUGUGCUUUGUGACAUCUGAGAACUGAUAAAAAUUUAUACUUAUUUUGCAGUUUCACUAUUUCAAGUUUGCGGAAUGUGUGCGAAUGUGUGCCGAUAAUUGAGAGAUAAAUUGUGAAUGAAGAAAUAUGUGAUAGAAAUAACGGAAAUAACAUUGCGUCCUAUUGGCGCCAAAUAUGCGAGCAAUUAUCAUUCAAACAAUUAAUUUCUUUUAUUGUUAACGUACCUCACCUGCCAUAGAUUUGAAGCAAGAGUCAAAUUCUAUCUCGUAAAACGGUUUUAUUACAUAUUGCUUACAUUCUCUUGGAUAUAUGCAACAGUGUUUCCAUAUUAACGUUUCCAAAAAGUAUGCUGUAUUCUUUCAAUCGCGGCUGAAGGUAUUAAAAGCAGAAAGUGGAAGUAAAAGAGGGGAAACAAUAUUAAAAAUUAUCUUGCAUCAUGCAAGGCGAUAACAGUGAAGAGCGCUUAUUUAGUGCUAAUUCUAGUCCAAAGCAUAGUCAAAAGCCGGGUAGCGGGAUAUUGGGCCUUUUAUCUAAGCGUUCCACCAAAGUUGAGCCACAAUUGCAAAAUGAUCUUAUGCAAAAAGAGCAAAUAAAUGAUACACGAUUUGCUAAAUGUCAUCUCAAUAAUAUGGAGCAUAACCAGCCAGUAUCUGAAAACGGUAUCCCAAAGCCAAAAAGUCAAACUUUGCCGGCAAAUGUUAAAUCCAUUAAUAUGCAUAGUGAGAUAGUAUGCGUUGAGAAGUCUCAUAGCAGCGGUUUGAUAAAUUUUCAUCGUAAAAUUAGAACGAGUAAAAGUAGGGAUCAUGUAACGCGUUAUAAUGGUGAUGGCUCACAAAGUGAUGGUGGCGGUAGCGGCGGAAGUAUGGGUGAUAGUGUGGUUUUGCGAAAAACUUCAAAACACAAAUCUCCGAAUCAUAAUCGCUUUAGCCAUCAAUUUAGUUUGUGUUGUAAAGCGGAAAAAAAGCCGAUUGCACCACCGGUGACAGUACGUUAUAAUGCCAAUCAAAUUGCUGGUCAAGCAAAUAGAAAAGAGAAUCUGUCGUUAAAUUGGAACACUAUAGAGAGUACUUCUUUGUCUAUGAACUCUUCAAUAAUGAAUCCAAAUUACGCUUGCUUGCAAGCAAUUGGUAACCAACUAUCCGAAUGCGCCAGCGCACCGCAAAGUCCGGUCACGGCGAAACCUUCACUAUUUGCCGAUGAUGAACACAAUCGUAUUUCGCCGUCAUGUAAUUCGGUAAAAAGUAUACCCAAUGAUUUAUUAAUAUCGAACACUGGUGGCGCUAGCGGGUGCAGUACCUCGCCGAAUGUUAAUAAAAUCAUUAUGGGUAUUAGUAGCCCUAUACGUCCUAUGGAUGUCUCGGAUUGUCGAUCAAGAUUACGGUUAAAAUUAUAUCCACCGGGCAAAGAAUUUCCAUUGGAAACAGAAUCGCAUGUUAAACGAGCCACCACUCCGCAGCACAUGUCCUCACCGAAUAUAGCUGCUCAUCCUAUCGAGGUGUUACAGCUAAGUCAAGAAGAAGAUCAUCAACCAUUUCGCUUCUUUUCACAUGAGAAUAUCCAAGUGCAAAGACAGGGUUCCAGUUCGGGUUUGGCGCGGCAGGCCUUAAUGGCUGCACAAGUCCUAAGUUUAAUACCGACAGAAAAAGCACGAGAAAGAAGUCUUCUUGACGGUCGUCUGGGCUCGUCAUCAUUAUUAGGUCCCAGUGAAUUGUGCAAAGUAUUGCCUAAUAAAGAUGUAACCAUAUUUGUGGGCACGUGGAAUAUGAACGGUCAAAGUCCACCUAAGCAAAUGAACGAUUUCGUGUUACCAGCCUCGGUCGAACAUGUACCCGAUAUUGCAGCUAUUGGCACUCAAGAAUCUAGUCCUGAUCGUUUUGAAUGGGAAGUUACUAUACAGGAGACUCUUGGGCCUUCUCAUGUGCUUUUCCACUCUACCACUUUAGGUACAUUGCAUUUAGCGAUUUAUAUGCGCCGCGAUUUAAUAUGGUAUUGCUCGGCUCCCGAAGAUGCCAGCAUGUCGGUGCGUACCGGUUCAGCAUUUCGCACCAAAGGGGCUGUAGCUAUAUCAUUUUGCCUUUUCGGUACUUCCAUGCUAUUUGUAACCUCGCACUUAACCGCUCAUCAGCAAAAGGUCAAAGAGCGUGUAUCCGACGUUAAACGCAUCAUACACGCUCUUGACUUGCCUAGAAAUCUUAACUUGAGGCAUAAGAACAAGGAUGUUACUCAAAAUUUUGAUAAUGUUUUCUGGUGCGGAGAUUUAAAUUUUCGUUUAGGAGAACCGAGAGAAAAAUUGCUAGAAUGGAUAGAAAAUACAAAAUUUCCUUUACCCUCGCAUCUACCUCAUGGUUAUAUGCACACGGACCAGCUAUCAUCGGUUUUGGCUGAUGGUGCCGCAUUUCGUGGUUUCAUGGAGGCGAACAUAACAUUUCCACCUACUUAUAAGUAUGAUCCUGGUACUCAGCACUUUGAUACCUCAUCGAAGCAACGUGCACCAGCAUAUACAGAUCGUAUUCUAUAUAAAUAUCGUCAAACUCAAGGUCUAACCUUACGCCGUCAAAGUAUUUUGCCUGGUAUGACUUCACCGUCACAACCACAUGUUCAGUGUUUACUUUACGAUUCAGUGCCGUCCAUAAUCACCUCGGAUCAUAAACCUGUUUGGGCUUUAUUCAAAACUCGCGUUAGGGCAGGCACCGAUUCCAUUCCAUUGGCUGCUGGUUUAUUCUGCCGUGAUAUAUACUUGGAAGGUAUGAAAAGAAGAUUAAAUAAUCAGUAUAGCGAUUCAUCGGCGGUAUGUUCAAUACAGUAGAGACUUAACUGGGGAAAUAAGCACAAAUAAAAUCACUACUGGAGAGCGAAUAGAAUAAAAUGCUAUUGCGUCUACAAUCAAAAAUCGAAAAGUUUCUAUACAUCAUCUGUAAGAUGUUAGUUUUCAUUUUUAUAUCAAUGAACGGAAAUUUCAUGUUCUUGUAGACUAUUGUCUGCAAUUGCAGUAAGUAAGACUUAUUAUUAUUCAGUAAAUAAGAUUUAGAGAGCAAGUAAUGUAAUUUCAGAACCCUUAAAAACGCGAUACUGACAUCUUACUUCCUAAUAACUAAAACUAUUUUACUUAAAAUUAUAAAUUAAGUUAAGUAAGAACUGAAACAAAAAGCGUGAAAUAGCGUGAAAUUUAUUCGGCUUGAGUCGAAUUUCUUAAUGCUUACUACUUAUGAAUUGGAUUAUUAGUAAGUUUUCGUAAACGUAGCUAGAAGGCGAUAUUAAUUCGUUAUAUGAGAGAUCUUUUUACCUUACGAUAUCAAAAACCCUACUUAAAUCUAUGCAAAUAUGUAUAAAUACAAAAGUAAAAUUUUUUAAUUUUUGUACACUUUUCAACCAACUACUUGAAUUAAUUUCUAUCGGUAUUCGGUUUUUAUUAAACGAAGAGUAAUUCAUAUUCACGUACGUAAAAAUUUGGAAACAUCUGUUAUUCAAAACAUGAUCACAUAUUUGCUUUCAUUUUUCGGGGCAACAAUUGUGGAAUAUUGUGUUGUCAUGAUAUUUAUCAAAUCACUGGACCUUGAUUGGCUAUAUUGUGUUCACUUGAUUAGGACGAAUGAUAAUUAAAAAGUGCAAUAUUUUCAUUUAUUUUUAUUGGAUGUAAUAGGAUCUCUUACCCGAUUUAAGUGAUUAAAGCGUUUCCUUGCGCAUCUUAUAAUCGUGUAUUUUGGUUUCACGAACAUUGGCUUUUUUUCAUUCAAUUGUAACAUGCAUUCGAACUAUCAAAAGAAGCAAUCAAAGGCUUGGGUUUUUUACGGAGGCGGCAACAAACAACAUGGUAUCCGCACGGUUUACAUCGUUCAUAUCCCACCAAGGUUAGAGAACGAAACAGUUCAGAGUUAUGCAUAAGAAAAUAACCCUGCGACCUGUUUGAGUGAUCGCGUAAACUGUCCUGUGCUUAAAGCUCUGUGGCAAGCACUCUAUAAAUAUGAUAAAGAUUUGAUCCUCUAAUACUACCCUAAUCGACUUUCUCGCUUGCUCUGGCAUAGCUUAUACACUCCACGAUAAACAUUAACGCAAUUCAUCGUUGAAUCGUACCUAACCGCGUUAUUACAACAACUUAGUUGAAUUGGUCUCUACCGCCGCACUAGAUGUUCUCACUCCCAAGUCGAACGUACACAAAUAUCAUUUACUCUUCUGCUUGUAACUAUACGCUCCCAUUCCUCUCUAACUCCGACAUGCACAGGAGACAUCACGAGAUUGGCUUGUCAAAUAUGAAUUGUUAUUGCCUGUCAGAAUAGGUUUCACAAGUUGAUACUACGUUAUAACUGGCCGGUAACGUUAACGUCUACCUACACGGAUCUCGUUCUUCUUUCGUCCUUUUGUCUAUUUCUCAUUAGAUUCUGUAAGCACUCGAUGAGUUUCAAUUGCAGUUUGAAAUAUUGAAGUAACAAUUUAUCGGAAAUGCUGUUUUAUCGCUACAAGAUCGUAAGGCAGAUUGACGGAUGUUCAUGUUUUCAUUCGAAUCCGUUGAAUUUACGAAAGAAGCUAUAAAGUCACUUAUAUUAGAUAAAAUAUCUAAUAUAAAUUUAUGCAGCGUCAUACAUACAUAAUGACGUGGCGACAAUGCGUUUCAAUUAUAUUUAUAAGCAA